AUGACAGAAAUACCAAAAGAAUGCUUUCUUUCGGUAACACUCAGGAAUGUCCUUGGACUGCUUGGGGAUAUGCCACUCCGUGUUUCUGUUUCUCCAAUGAGUACCACCACCAGGGUAUACAUAUCCACUCAGAACCAAAUUCCAAUUGAAGCAUUUGCAAAGAUCAAACAGGUAAAUAUACUCUCCAAUCACCUCUUUGUGCUUGACUUUGUCAAAACAUCACCAAACUCUGUCAAGAAGAUUCGGGAAUUCUUCGAAAAAAGUCUGCUCUUCAACAAUAGCUUAUACUACGAACAAAGCGAGUCGCACAAAGAAACCAAAGAAUUCUUUUUUCCGUCGAACAACUCUGUCUCAUUUGAGUAUAAUAACUGUAGAGUUAUCUUGGGGUAUGCAAAGAGUCUCUGCACUUUGAAGUGUGCCAUGUUUGUCAACAACUGGUACGUACCGAUGGAGAUUGACACGCUCAGAUUUUUUCCUUUUGUGAACUAUCAUAUGUACUUUGAAAAAAGAAAGCUCCUCUCGGACUUUACAACAAACAAAAUUAGGUCAGUUGUCAUUUUACUUAAAACAGGACUGAACAUUGUGCAACCGUCGGAACUGCUUUGUGAGACGAACCCAAUUUUUGAAGAGCUCCGGAACACUCUUUAUUUCAAUCUCAGUUUGGCUUUUCAGAAAUUCAUGACGCAAGAAAUUGCGUCAAAUUCUAAAACCCCUGAAAGCCAGAUGGAGUUGUUCUAUUGCCAAAAAAUAGGCGAGUGUGUAGAAGGUAUGUUUGAACCAAGUUCAGCAACGAGCACAUUACUGAAUACAAUCUCUCUAACACCACACCUUAUCAAACCACAGGUCUCUCAAAAUGCUGCGCUCAGCGCGAUGAGCAAGCGGAUCCAGACAGAUUAUCUCUUCUCGGACACAAUUUUGAUUGAGUGA